CUGACACCACUUAACCCUUCUACCAUUUUCCCCCCCAACUCUCAGACAAGCAAAAACCAGAUUAAAGUUGAUUUGGUGGACGAGAACUUCACAGAGCUGAGGGGGGAGAUCGCUGGUCCUCCAGACACGCCCUAUGAAGGUGGAAGAUAUCAGCUCGAAAUAAAAAUCCCAGAAACCUACCCAUUUAACCCACCCAAGGUGCGCUUCAUCACCAAGAUCUGGCACCCCAAUAUCAGUUCUGUGACGGGAGCCAUAUGUCUGGACAUUUUGAAAGACCAGUGGGCAGCUGCCAUGACCCUGCGGACGGUGCUCUUGUCUCUACAGGCCCUUCUCGCCGCCGCAGAGCCAGAUGAUCCACAAGACGCGGUCGUAGCAAACCAGUAUAAGCAGAACCCAGAAAUGUUCAAACAGACGGCGAGGCUGUGGUCGCACGUCUACGCAGACGCUCCCGUCACCAGCCCCGACUACACCAGAAAAAUAGACAAGCUCUGCGCCAUGGGCUUCGAUAAGGUCCGAGCCAAUGCAGUAAUAGCGGCUUUGUCUUCGAAAUCCUGGGACGUGGAAACGGCGACAGAGCUGCUCCUGAGCAACUGA